AUGCCGAACAGUCUGACGGUACUGUCCAUUGGCCUGGUUUUGGCAGCGUACCUCGUUUACUCGAUAUAUUGUCAUCUAACAUCUCCGCUGAAGUCCAUACCAGGGCCAUGGAUAGCUCGUUUCACACGCGUAUGGUACUUCAUGCAUGUACGAUCUGGUCAAUUUCACCACAAGAACAUCGAAUUACAUGCCAAAUAUGGUCCCAUUGUCCGAGUUGCUCCCAACAUGUACUCAAUCAGUGAGCCUGACAAAGCUGUUUAUGGUAUUGGAUCUAAAUUCGCGAAGAGCGAUUGGUAUGAAGGUUGGAAGCACCCGAGCCCAGAUCGCUGGACCUUAUUUCCCGAUCGAGACAUGAAGCGACACGCUGAAACGCGCAAGAGGUUCCAAAAUCUCUACAGCAUGAGUUCAUUGGUGUCUUACGAAACUUAUGUUGAAGAAUGCAUGGAUAUUUUCCUGAAGAAGAUGAAAUCUUUCAGCUCGUCUGACAAGUCGGUCGACAUGGCUCAUUGGUUUCAGUGCUAUGCUUUCGAUGUGAUGGGAGACAUCACCUAUUCCGAGAGGUUCGGUUUCCUCGAUAAUGGUGAAGACGUUAAUGGAACACUUGUCGCUUUGGACAACUCAAUGGUUUAUUCGACUUUGGUUGGCAUAUAUGCCUGGGCACACCCAUUUCUCUUUGCCAUAUUGGAAAAAUUGCCUGGCUCUGGCGCCGCAGGCCGGACCUUCCUCAUGAGAUUUGUCCAGCAGAAAAUCACAGAGAGGAACCAUGCACGGACGGAAGUCAAAAAGGGUGAGAAGCAGCAGACCCGUGGCGAUGAUGAGAGCGCACCACAGGAUUUCCUCGACAAGCUUUCUGAUGCCCAUGAGCGUGAUCCCCAACGGGUAACCCCAUACCACAUAUUCAUGAUGGGAUUAAGCAAUAUUGUUGCAGGUAGCGACACAACAGCCGUGUCUCUGUCAAGUUGUCUUUAUAACUUGGUCAAGCACCCGUCAACUUUGGCGAAGUUGAGGAAGGAGAUCAAGGAGCAUCAGUUGAGGAGGGAAACACCCAGCGAAUGUCUCACUUUCAAAGAAUCUCAAUCCAUGCCUUAUCUUUUGGCAGUUAUCAAAGAAGCCCUCCGUCUGCAUCCUGCAACUGGUCUACCGCUUUGGCGUGUUGUUCCUGAAGGUGGAGCAUACAUUGCUGGUCAUCAAUUCCCAGCGGGCAGUGUUGUUGGUCUCAAUAGCUGGGUCGCCCACUAUAAUCCAAGCGUUUUUGGAGCAGACGUGAACGUUUUCCGGCCGGAGAGAUGGCUAGAAGUCGAGAAAGAGAAAGGGGAACAAUAUCAGAAAAUGGAAGCUAAUUAUCUACCGUUUGGACUUGGUUCGAGAACUUGUCUAGGACGACAUAUUUCUACAUUGGAGAUGUGUAAACUAAUUCCUGAAUUUGUGCAUAAGUUCGAUUUCGAACUAGAUAUGAUGGGUGAUAAUUGGAAGACGAUGAAUUACUGGUUUGUCAAGCCAGUAGGUUUCCAGGUCUGGGUCAAACCAAAGAUAUGA